GUACAUGGUAAAAAUUCUCAUCUAGUUAAACUCAGUAAAUUAAAAAGACUGCCUCCCACCCAUAGUCUGGCAUAGCGAGUUCUAUGGACGUGCGUUUUCCUAAGAAUUCAUUACGCGAAAGUCCAAGUGCAAACAGAAACAACGAAUUUCACCGUAUGAUUUCGGAUUCUCGUAACAAAACGGAAUUUCUUAUUGGUGUGGGUGGCACAGUGUAUAAGUGUGCGUGGUGUGGUGCGUAAAAAAAGCGAGAGGCGCGUGCAUUACAAUUAAUGCACAAACAAUAAAAAGUCAUCCAAAUAGGGAGGGGGGUGGCCGUGGCUGUCUUUGUCGUCGUCGUGGAAGUGGGAAGAGAGCAGCAGCAACAACAACAAAACGCUGAGAUUUGUUCCGUUCACCCCCCAAAGCAGCCUCCCCCGCGCCUGACCACUAACUGUUGUUUGUGUGCCAGGGGUGUUUUUGGGGCAUUGAUAUUUCCGCGUUCACAAUAGAAAAUCAAGAAUACGGUUAUACUAUGAACAAGUGGAACGACUAAACAGACAACAGCAACAAAAAUCGAAUAGUUGCGUGCGAGGCCGCGGCCAGAACCAAUCCAAGGACUGGGCUGGCCAGGACGCACACACACACUCACACUCACACUCAGCCAUUUUGACACCGACAUAAAUGGAUGUCCUGGAACUGUUGCGUGUGAGUGGUUCAAACAUGUACUACAGCACAUUCUUAGCGGAUGCCUGGUGCUACUACAUCUCCAAUCAAAUAACAAUGACGAUGUACCUGUACUGCGCCCUUGGCGUGCUCAGCAUGCUGUUCAUCGGCUGGUUCGUGUACUUCAAGCGCCUGGCACGACUACGGCUGCGCCACGAGAUCGCCCGCUCGCUGAGCGCGGUGACCAUGGCCUCGGGCGGGGAUCUGCGCGGCCCGCGCUUUCGCAAGCGCGACAAGAUGCUCUUCUACGGUAGACGCAUGCUGCGCAAGAUGAAGAACGUCAGCGGGCAGAUGUACAGCAGCGGCAAGGGCUACAAGCGGCGGGCGGUGAUUCGGUUCGCCCGCCGCAUCCUUCAGCUGCGUCGCGAAAACAUGCCGCUGGAGGUGCGCACCGUUGAGCCGCCGGCGGAGUACCUGGAGGAGACCAUGGAGGGCAGCGAUCGAGUGCCCCCCGACGCCCUCUACAUGCUGCAGAGCAUCCGAAUCUUUGGGCACUUCGAGAAGCCCAUCUUCCUGCGGUUGUGCAAGCACACCCAGCUGCUGGAGCUGAUGGGCGGCGACUAUCUGUUCAAGAUCACCGACCCGGACGACAGUGUCUACAUCGUGCAAUCGGGCAUGAUCAAUGUCUACAUCUCGAAUGCGGACGGCAGCACGCUCUCCCUGAAGACGGUGCGCAAGGGCGAGUCGGUGACCUCGCUGCUCAGCUUCAUCGAUGUGCUGUCCGGCAAUCCCAGCUACUACAAGACGGUGACGGCCAAGGCCAUAGAAAAAUCGGUGGUCAUUCGACUGCCCAUGGCGGCCUUCCAGGAGGUGUUCAAGGACAGUCCGGAUGUGAUGAUCCGUGUUAUUCAGGUGAUAAUGAUACGACUGCAGCGCGUUCUGUUUACGGCACUGCGCAACUACCUCGGCCUCAAUGCAGAGCUCGUUCAGAAUCACAUGCGUUUCAAGGGCAGCAGUCAGGGGGCCGGGCCUUCCGUCUAUUGCUCGCAGACAACGCGACAGGCCACUGGCUCAGCAUCGGCUACGGCAACGGCAGCGGCAGCCAGCGGUACAGCCGGUUCAACACACACGGCGGUACCAAGGCCAGCCAGCUCCCUGUCGCGUUACUCACAGGACGAGCAGCACACGCUGUCCGAUCCGAAUCCUGGCAUUCCGAACCUAGAGCUGAGCGGGGACAGUGUGAACACACUAUUCGGCGAGGUGAAUGGCGGCGCUAGGCUCAAUAGCUAUCCACCGUUGUACCACCAGCGCGAAUCCGACGGUAAUCUGUCCACUCGUCGCGGCUCCAUAACGCAACAGGAGCAGCCCGAGGUCGGGCCAGUGCCGUCGAUAGACAUGCGACUGGUCAAGUCUUCGGCGGUGGACAGUCUACGCAAGGAGCUGGGUCUGCCCGAACAGGAUGCCCACAUCAUUGAUCCGUUCGUGGAGGUGCGCGAAAUGGAGCCGAAUGUGACCCUCAUCACCGAGGGCAAUGCGGACGAUGUGUGCGUGUGGUUUGUGAUGACCGGUACACUGGCCGUGUACCAGGGCAAUGCGGAUGCUACGCGCAUCAAGCAGGAUAAAACCGACUUGCUCAUCCACUAUGUACACCCCGGAGAGAUAGUCGGUGGCCUGGCCAUGCUUACGGGGGAGGCCAGCGCGUACACCAUUCGCUCGCGGAAUCACAGUCGCGUGGCAUUCAUCAGGCGUGCAGCUAUAUACCAGAUCAUGCGCCAGCGUCCGCGCAUUGUGCUGGACCUUGGCAAUGGGGUAGUGCGGCGUCUGUCGCCGCUGGUACGCCAAUGCGACUAUGCCCUGGACUGGAUCUUCCUGGAGUCCGGCAGGGCCCUGUACCGGCAGGACGAGAGCAGCGACAGCACCUAUAUCGUGCUCAGCGGCCGCAUGCGCUCUGUGAUCACACAUCCCGGUGGCAAGAAGGAGAUCGUUGGCGAGUACGGCAAGGGCGAUCUCGUGGGCAUCGUUGAGAUGAUCACGGAGACGUCACGCACAACCACAGUGAUGGCGGUGCGCGACUCGGAGUUGGCCAAGCUCCCGGAGGGUCUCUUCAAUGCCAUCAAGCUGCGCUACCCGAUUGUGGUGACCAAGCUGAUCAGUUUCCUUAGCCAUCGCUUUCUCGGCUCGAUGCAGACGCGCACGACCACUGGAGCGCCCGGGGCACCCGUCGAGGCCAAUCCCGUCACGCACAAAUACUCCACGGUGGCCCUGGUGCCCAUCACAGACGAUGUGCCCCUGACGCCCUUCACCUACGAGCUCUACCACUCGCUGUGUGCCAUCGGUCCUGUCCUGCGCCUGACCUCGGACUUGGCGCGCAAACAGCUGGGAAUGAACAUAUUCGACGCAUCGAACGAGUACAGGCUGACCUCGUGGCUGGCCCAGCAGGAGGACCGCAACAUUAUAACCCUCUAUCAGUGCGACAAUGCGCUGAGUCCCUGGACCCAGCGUUGUAUGCGUCAGGCGGACGUCGUCCUCAUUGUGGGCCUGGGCGACCACUCGCAUUUGGUGGGGAAGUUUGAGCGCGAGAUCGAUCGUCUGGCAUUGCGCACCCAGAAGGAACUGGUCCUACUCUACCCGGAGACGGCGUCCUCAAAGCCGGCCAACACGCUCAGCUGGCUGAACGCUCGUCCUUGGGUGACCAAGCACCACCAUGUGCUGUGUGUGAAGCGCAUCUUCACGCGCAAAAGCCAAUACCGCAUUAAUGAUCUCUACAGUCGUGUGCUGCUAUCCGAGCCGAAUAUGCAUUCCGAUUUCUCGCGCCUGGCCCGCUGGCUGACGGGCAACUCGAUUGGUCUGGUGUUGGGCGGUGGUGGGGCACGUGGCGCGGCCCAUAUUGGUAUGCUUAAGGCCAUCCAGGAGGCGGGCAUACCCAUCGACAUGGUCGGGGGCGUCAGCAUUGGUGCGUUGAUGGGGGCCCUCUGGUGCUCGGAGCGGAACAUUACCACGGUCACCCAGAAGGCGCGCGAGUGGUCGAAGAAAAUGACCAAAUGGUUCCUACAACUCUUGGAUCUAACCUAUCCCAUCACAUCGAUGUUCUCUGGACGGGAGUUCAACAAGACCAUACAUGAAACCUUCGGGGAUGUGAAUAUCGAGGAUCUGUGGAUACCAUACUUCACCCUGACGACGGAUAUCACCGCCAGCUGCCAUCGCAUCCACACCAACGGUCACCUGUGGCGCUAUUGCCGCGCCAGUAUGUCCAUCGCUGGUGUCUUUCCGCCCUUCUGUGAUUACCGCGACGGCCAUCUUCUACUCGAUGGCUGCUACACGAAUAAUGUGCCAGCUGAUGUGAUGCACAAUCUGGGCGCCGCUCACAUAAUCGCCAUCGAUGUGGGAUCGCAGGACGAUACGGAUCUGACCAACUACGGGGACGACCUAAGCGGCUGGUGGCUGCUCUACAAGAAGUGGAAUCCGUUCACCGCACCCGUGAAGGUGCCCGAUCUGCCGGACAUUCAGUCGCGGCUCGCCUACGUCUCCUGCGUUCGACAACUGGAGGAGGUAAAGAACUCUGAUUACUGCGAAUACAUUCGACCGCCCAUCGACAAGUACAAGACCCUGGCGUUUGGCAGCUUCGACGAGAUCCGCGACGUGGGCUAUGUGUUCGGCAAGAACUACUUUGAGGGCAUGGCCAAGGCGGGUCGGUUGGGCAGGUUCAAUCAGUGGUUCAGCAAGGAGCCGCCCAAGCGGGGCAACCACGCCUCGCUCAACGAGUACACAUUCAUCGAUUUGGCGCAGAUCGUGUGCCGGCUGCCGGAGACCUAUGGCUUGAACCCGUCGGAUCUCUUCAGCGAGGAUGAAGACUGCGAUGGCUACAUAUCGGAACCAACGACACUGAACACGGAUGUCCGGCGCUAUCAGGUACCUCGUGGCGGCAACUCGUUGUCGUUGUCUGAGACUGAAAUGGAUAUGGACUCGGACGUGGAGAUGGAUUUGAAAAUGGAGCGCAAAAUGGACAAGGCUACACAGUCCACACCGCCACUACAGAGCAAAGCACAGAUUCUACGGCGAAAGCAUUCGAAGGAGGAGGCUAGACACGAAUGGGAAAUCAAGCGGGAGCAGAAACAGGAGUUGGCGCGCGAGCAGGAACUGGAGCGAGAAAGGGAACUCAGUCAGAAGGGUACCACUGCGGGGGCCACUGGCUAUACCCCAAACGCAGUCAUCGCCACACAAACCUCGCUGAUAUUCAUGGAUGAAGAGGACGAGAUGGACAAGAAAAAGACUAAAGACAAUGACAGGGAUGAGGUUAGGGGUAGUGCAGAGGAUACGGGAAAGGAAAAGGAGGAGGACAAAGAGAACAGAAGCAACACGAAUAACGAAACCAAAAACUAUCUAUAGACAACUAAUCAAGGCCAUGUCCAAUCAGCAAUCAGCAAUCGCCUUCACAAGCUGGAAACCACCCAAUCAAUCUCCAACGAAACAAACCAACAAAACAAAUCGCUUAGACAAGGAAUUCGUUAACCUCUAGGUUUUAUAGCAACCAAAACUUAGGCUUAGCUUAUCGUACGUACCUCCCCCCUUUCCCCUCCUUCCUCUCCGUUCCGCAUAACCGCAUAAAACAUAACCGUGUCCUAUACCUACUCUAUCCCACGCCUUCCCGUCCGUUCCAUCCACUCCCUAAUCCAAGCCAUUUCAAUGGAGGCGGCACAACAGGUCCACAAUCUUUGUAUAUACAUAUAGAUAUAUAUAUAGCAAUAUUUUAAACUGAGGCAACAGCCCGAUUGUUACCCAAUGCGCGAAGUCACGUAUGAAGCUGAAGCAGGUCCCGAUCCGGAGUCCGAGUCCGAGUCGGAGUCGGAGUCGGCUCCGGAUCCCUGUCAAUUCAAGAUAUUUUCACGAUAGAGCCGCGCACUCACACUUAUUGUCUCUUAUUAUUUUUCUAUAAAAACGUUUACUUGAUAAUAGGCUGUUUGUGAAAUGCAAGCAAAUAAAUAAAACAAAAGUACAAUGCCAAUGCCAUCAACAA